AUGUCUCCUACUGCACCACCAAGAGACUGCUCAGUAACUCUUCCAGAAGUCGUUGACUUCCACAUCAAGAACAAUCCUGACUACCCUGUAUGGAUUUUCAACGAAGAUGGUCAAUCAGACAUAACAAAAGUCACAUACUUGGAGUACGGACGCGCAUGUCAUCGUGUAGCGCAUAAGAUGCGUCCAGGACGUAGAGGACCUGAAGGAGAGUUGAUCGCUAUUGUUGCCUUUUCGGACAAUUUGUUGUAUAACGCGGUUUCUGUUGGCUUGAUACGGGCAGGGAUGGUGCCUUUCUUGAUGUCUCCAAGAAAUACUGCUGCUGCUAUUAUCAAAAUGCUGAAAGAGACAGACUGCCACAGAUUACUCUCUACGCAACAGACUUUAAAACCACUACUGGCCGGCAUCAGGUCCGAGUUAGCAUCGACAAGCCCCGGAUUCGAGUUAUCCAUUGAAGAGAUGCCUGCGUUCUAUGAUAUUUAUCCAAAGUUAGGGUGCGAGUCUCAAGAUGAUCCUUUUGAAGAAUAUCCUAUGCCACUUGUUCGCCCACCACUGGACAACGUGAUGUUGUACCUUCAUUCGUCUGGAAGUACAGGUUUCCCCAAAUCUAUCGCAGAAACCUUUAGAAUCAUGGUUCAUUGGGCAUCAUUUCCACCGACGGAUGACUUGGCUCUGAUGACCCUUGGAUGUAUGGCUCUUCCAACAUUCCACACGCUGGGAAUCAUUUGUACGCUAUUAUAUUCCAUGUAUGGGAUGAGUAUUGUCGCAUUGUACCCUCCGUCCGCGACGUCACCAGCAUCACUUCCACCUAUACCUACUCCGGACAACAUCAUCGAUCAUACGCGCAGGACCAACUGCAACGUUCUGAUUUCCAUCCCGACCCUUUUGCAAAGCUGGGCCCAAAAUAGAAAGCAUGUCGAGUUUCUAGCCAAACUGGAUAUGGUGACGUGGUCUGGAGGUUCUGUUCCUACCAAACUCGGUAAUUUUAUGACAGAUUCAGGAGUAAAAUUAAGCCCAAUAUUUGGUGGUACCGAGUUUGGUGCGCCGACCUAUCUCAAGCGCAGGUCAGGGGGUUACGGUGAUUGGGAAUGGAUUUCUAUGGACGAGUGCGUGAGGAUCAGAUGGGACCCUCAAGGUGACGGCACUUAUGAGUGCCAGUUUUUAACUUCUCCUGACCACCAGCUAUCAGUUGAGAAUAUGCCUGACAUUAAGGGAUAUGCUAGUGCCGACCUCUUUAUCCCACACCCUACAGUGCCGAAUUUUUGGAAGAUUGUUGGCCGAAAAGAUGACGUUAUUAUACAUUCGUCCGGAGAGAAAACGGUUCCUGCGCCAAUGGAAAACAUCAUCUUGAAUAGUCCAUUCACCAUGGGGGUCGUGAUUUUUGGACGGGAACAUGAUCAAGCUGGCGUGCUCAUCGAGCUUAAGCCCACGUAUAAUUUUGAUCCGUCGAUCGAAGUUAACGUUAUUCAAGGAAGAAACCUCAUGUGGCCUGUCAUCGAAGAAGCAAACCGAGUUGCACCAGCGUUCAGCAGGAUUUUCAAAGAACUCAUUAUCUUUACUUCUCCGAACAAACCUCUUCCUCGUGCUGGCAAGGGCACCGUCAUGCGAAAAGCCUCAUUGGCGCUAUAUCACGAGGAGAUUGAAGCCCUAUACGCUUCCAUCGAAUCAACCGUCAGUGCCGAAACAGUUUCUCCUCCUCCAGAAUGGACAGAAGAGGCAACAAGAAAAUGGUUGAUGCAUCAAGUCGCUGAUAUAACAUCAGGCAAGGUUUCCUGCAUCUCCGUCGAUUUGUUUGAACAAGGUGUCGACAGCUUGAGCUCGACUAUCCUUCGCCGCCGUAUCGUCGGAGCCUUGCAAUCGAACAAGGAAACUCUUAAGGCUUCGGAAAUGAUUGCUCAGAGUCUAGUCUAUAACUAUCCAUCUAUCGAGAAACUUUCCACAUUCCUCUUGGGUCUCAUCAGGGACCCUGACAGUAACCUUGUGACCACAAGCAGAGUUGAUGCCAUCGAGGAAAUGAUUUCGAAAUACAAUGUCGGAUUUCAGAAGCCAUUGCUAUCCGGCACUCCAGAAAACUCUGCAACCGUGCUUCUCACCGGCACUACGGGCAACCUUGGCUCUGAAAUUUUGGCAGGUCUCCUGAAGAAUGAAGCUGUCAAGAAGAUCUAUGCUCUAAACCGUCCUUCGAAAGAUGCUCGCGCAAGGCAUGUUGCGCGAUUUGAGGAUAGAGGAUUUGAUGUUGGGUUAUUAUCGGACGAUAAAUUGGUUUUACUGGACGGAGACAUCACGAAAAAGCAUAUUGGAUUGGAGCAAGGACGCUAUCAAGAGUUACUCGACAAUGUCAACGUCAUCAUCCACGCUGCAUGGAGGGUUGACUUCAACCUGCAAUUGGUAUCUUUUGAGCCCAUGGUCCGUGGAACUCGCAACCUGAUCGACCUUGCACAAUCAACGUCUGCUGGUUCGUCAACCAAGCUGCUCUUUACUUCAUCUGUGGCUUCCGCAUUUUCUUGGGAUAGGUCUCGUGGCCCCUACGCAGAGGAAGUUCUCCUAGAUCCAAAAUAUGCCAUCGGGAACGGGUACGGUGAAUCGAAGUAUGUGGCUGAAAGACUCAUCACUCAAAGCGGUGUUAAUGGUACCUCGUUCCGAGUAGGCCAAAUUUCUGGUGGGCAACCUAAAGGAGCAUGGGCCACGACCGACUGGGUGCCGAUUCUUGUAAAGUCGAGCAUUGAGCUUAAUGCUCUUCCCUCUAUGUUCGGGUUUGCAUCGUGGUUGCCCAUGGAUGGGGUUGCCCAGAGCAUAAUCGAUGUUGCAUUGCACAAUUCGGAUCUUCCUCCUGCUCUCAAUCUGGUGCAUCCUAGACCAAUACCUUUUGACGAUAUCGUCAGUGCGAUAAAUAACGCUCUCGUCCAGGAAGGCGUCACAACUACGCAAAUCCCUGUAUUGCCUAUCCAAGACUGGUACUCGCUUCUGGAAAAACGCGCAAAGCGUGCAAACCCUGAAGAUCACAAGGCUAUUCCUGCCAUCAAGCUCCUCGAUUUUUUCAGAGGAGCUGCCACAGUGGACUCGGCGCUGAGGUCCGGCCAGAUCAAGGGCACGGAAAGUGGCGGCAUAGCAGAAUUUUUGACAACCAAAUCGCAAAAUGUCAGUACAACCAUGCGCAACAUCCCUUCCCUAAGUAAUGGGGACGCCCAACUAUGGGUUAAAUAUUGGAAGUCAACUGGCUUCUUUAAUUAG